CAGCGUAUCAGUGGUCAAACGCCGCAGCUGAACAAUGACUCCAACAAUUCAUUGGCCAUCAACGCAUUGUCUAACACAACGUCCCUCGUUUGUCCUUCACCGCUCCAAUCACAGCGCAGAUCAACGCGCAAUCACCCACACAAAGUCCUUGUCUCGCAAUCAGUAAAGAAACUCUCACACCUCUUAUUUACAGCCAACAUCUACUGCAACAUACCUCCCAGCACUGCAAAAACAUCUCCAUAA